GCUGCUGAUAGUUCGAAUAUAAACAGCUGAUAAUAAAGUGUGUUUUACAAGUCAAAACUGAUAUUUAUAUAACUUUAAUGGUGUUUAGUGUAAAUAAUUACCACUGGACACUGCGUGAAUACAUAAGUUGUUUCAGUAAAAUAUAUCCUACGAAAGUAAACUUUAAAAUAAAAAUCAACAUGGCGGAACUUGCAGCAAGACGUGACGCAAGAAGACGAAAAAUUCUUCAAAAUUCAGAAAAUCGAUUGAACAGGCUGCUGGGGAAGCCGAUCGAUACUGAACAGGAUGAAGCAAGUUCCCCGGUGAGUACAGAUGAGUCCGAGAGAACAACUCCAUCACCAACGACACCUUCCCCAGAACCUGAUGUCCUGCGAGACACACCAUCAGUGAGCGAGUCACCGAAAGAUGAUGGCGACACGUUCUCCUCUCACAGACUGACUUCGUCAUUGCCUGAAGGUACACCUGUACAUCCUCGCCCCCCUCUUCACUCUGUGAGGGAAGCCACUGCUACGUCCCACACUGCUGCGUCCCAGGCGAGGAUUGCCAGCAGUGGACAGUCAACACAGAAGAAACAGCAAGUCACACAAGAGACUGCAGGGUUGCUGCAGAUUCUGGAAAACCUACGAUUAGGGAGCUGUGUACUCGUGGCCUUCUUCGUCAGAUGGGUGCUAUCAUCUGGAUAUGGAAUCUUCUAUUUCCAGUCUAUCUUUUUGCCUUUUGUACUGCUACAAGUUGGACUGUAUUCCUUUCACUACACAUACAUGAAGGAUGUUGCCCUGCCUCACAAUAGCUCGUUGAUGUCAGGUGCUCUUGUGUUGUCGGGAAUAAAGCCGGAGUUUGUUGCCAUCUACAACAGAACAAUGGGCUACUUCACUGCAGUCACGGAGGACUUUGCUCUGUAUCUCUUCACGUUCCUCAUAUGCAAUGCUGUGAUGACAUGAGUGGUGAUGAGUUAACACCUCGGUGUUCGUGUGUGUGUGUGUGUGAUGAGAUUAGUGCUGUUUGUGUGAACUCCAGAUUGACAUCCCGGUGUCUAAUUUAGUUCCUGUCAUAGCUGACAAGGAAUGGAAUUCUCACCAUUGGCCUGGAAUGUCGGUUUUCUGUUCAGCUCACCUUAACCAAACAUUUGUGUGAGCUUAUGUCAUGGUGCAUCAUCUGUAUGUCUCCAUAUGGAUAGGAGAUAUGCUACUCAAAAUAAGUUGAAGAACACCCACAAUUGGGAGGCUGUGUUACAACUGUCACCAGCCAUUACAGAUUAACUGCAGUCCUGAAAAAACUCAGCUUUUCUUUAACUUCUUUUUAAGUUGUAUUUUAGCACAAAUCGCACAAGAUUAAUAACAUCACCAGAUGACACCCAAUUCAGGUGAGCUACAAGCUAUGUGGUACAAUCUACCAUUACAAAUGAACUAUUUCAAGCAACAUCCAUACACAUUCUGAAGUGUGACCAAACAGACGUCCAGAGUGGACGGGGUGAAACAGCUGUAUAACUGAUGAUGUGUGGUUGAAGGAACAUGCAGAUGCCUUUCGUAACCAUGUCAACAUGGUUGUGUUGAUCUCAAGGUCAGACAGUUUCUUAGCUGUGGCUCUAAAGUAAUUUCAUCAUUUGCUUUCUGUAUUGCAUAGAUGCAUAUGUAUUCGCUACAUAGUACGCUCAUUAACGUCAAAGUCCUACAUGUGUAGUUAACUUAUCAGUAUGCAGCUGCUAUUUUAACAGCUCCAAACCAACUGUUGAGUCCAAGAAUACUGGUUUGAUGUUGAGUCAUGGCCGUAAGAUUGUUGCCACCUUCUUGUUAAGAAUGAAAAUGUGUCCUCAAGAUGUGUUGGUUUGCCUAUGCUAUGUCACUAUGUUUGUUGUGUAAAGCUGCAGUCAGCAAUAUUCCAGCUAUAUGACGACAGUGUAUAAAUAAUCGAGUCUGGGCCAGACAAUCCAGGGAUUGAAAUCAUGAGCAUCGAUCCAAGCAAUUGGGAUACAACGACAUGCAUCAACCGAGUAGGCAAGCCUGACCACCCGACCUCGUUAUUCGUCUCUUACUACAAGUAUAGUCUCCUAUUAGGUCAAGCAUGGGUUGCUGAAGACCUACCGGUAUUCUAACUCGGAUCUUCACGGGUCUGUUGAUUUGCCAGCUCAGCCCGAGGAUGUUAAAGUGUCAGCUUGUGGCAGGAAGCACUGUUGUUUACUGGGCUGGUGAUACAGGCAUGUUGUUUGUUAGCACAAGUAACCAUCUUCAAGCUGUAGACCAAUGUGUUUUCUUGAUCAACAGCUAGGUCUAGAAGUAUCUCAAAUUUCCAAAUUGACACAAAUAGUCUUUUAUUGUAAUUAUGCAUUUUAAAUGCUUUUGUUUGUAUUUAAGAUGUCUAAAAAGAAAUUAGUCUCAAUUCAACCAUGGGGGCGGUCGGGUAGCCUAGUGGUUAAAGCGUUCGCUCAUCACGCCGAAGGUUCGAUUCCCGACAUGGGUACAAUGUGUGAAGCCCAUUUCUGGUGUCCCCCGCCGUGAUAUUGCUGGAAUAUUGCUAAAAGCGGCGUAAAACUAUACUCACUCACUCAAUUCAACCAUGAUAACAUUUAUUUCACCUACCGGGAAAUCUUCGCGAGGCAAAGGAGUUGACUGAAUGUAAAACUCUGGUUUCCACCCUGACUGAACUGAAAUUUGGUGGACCAGUAGUGGAGCCACCGGGUUAGGGUUAUAACGAUUUAUGUCCCUUCUAUGUCCCUCCUACUGACCAAUCAGUGUGUGUGUGUUAAUUCAAGAGACACAAAGUGUUUUAAUUGUGAAGAUAAACUUAUGAGUAAUUCAUCAAGUUACCAUUGUUACUUCAUCACAUUUUCACAAUCAUGUUUAUCAUCGAUAUGCAUGGAAAGAUGUGCCUCUCAUGGGCAGCUUGGUUUGAGAGAAGGCAAGGCCCCCUCCCAGAAGACGGACUCACUGUAUCCAAGUUUUAUUUUCAUACUGUCAAGUGACAUCAUAUUUACAAAGUAGGGAAGAGCUGAAUAAAGGAAUUUAAACAUCA